UACUACUGUACAACGAAAAGGUGAACCAAGUGUGUAUGUUCAGUUGACUCGAGUUGAGGAGUUCAGUUCGGUUCGCAGAACGUGACGUGUCAUAUUUUACAUUGGCUUGGUAAUAAAACUUCAAAUAAAAAAGAAUCAAUCUAACGAAAAAUAAUACAAACUAAUAAAGGAGUAGAUAAAUUUUUGGAUAAAACCAAACUCAAGUUAAGAAGUUUGUGAAGAAGAUAAGGAGGAGGAGGAGGAAGGAGGAAGAGGAGGUGAAAGAAGAUAAUUUAGAAGAAAAAGAUGAGCAUAAGAUUGGAAACUGUUGCCACGAUGGCUUGCAUGAAGACACUCCUUAUAUUAUUUAAUUUUGUAUUUUGGGCAUCCGGUAUGCUGAUGCUGUGUAUCGGAAUAUGGAUGCGUGUUCAAUUAAAAGAUUAUGUUAAUACCAAUGAUGAAGGAAGUGGAACAGCAUUGUUAGCUCUUGCAAGUCUUGGUGCAAUUUUAGCACUUGCAGCAACUUUAGCGUGUUGUUGUACAGCUCGUGGACACCCUGCUUUACUUUAUUUGUACGGAGCUUUCUUAGCGGUGGUAGCAUUGCUGGAACUUGGUGUUGGUGCUUCGAUUUAUGCUUAUCGUACGUCCUUGAAUGAAGGAUUUGAACAAGGAUUAAACGAUAGCAUAGCAGCUUAUGCACAUGAUCCGAAAAAACGUUCGCAUAUCGAUACCAUGCAAUCUACCUUACAUUGCUGCGGAAGCAAAGAUUAUACUGAUUGGUUCAAUAUGAAUCCACCAAAUGUUCCUAUGUCAUGUUGCAAAGUACAAGAGGAUUGUAACACAUCAAUUUCUGAUAACAUUUAUACCGAGGGUUGUUACAAUCUUGUAUUAAGUUUCAUUAACAGUAAUAUUGGAUUGGUAGCUGGCACGGCUAUUGGGGUUGCAUUCUUCCCAUUGAUCGGUGUAUUUUUAGCAUGUUGCUUGGCUAAUAAUAUUAAUAAAGCAAAAUACGAACAGGUUGCCUAGGUCAUGAAUUGUUUAAGGAAAAAUUGUAUCCGAUAAAAAUGACAAGAUUGAAGAAAGAAASAAACAAACAAAUUGAGAGACUAAGAAGAUUAAAACGAAAGUAUAAAAUUAGAAUGAAGAAUGAAUUACAAAAAAAAAAAAAACAAAAAAAAAAGAAAGGAAGAAUGCAAGUUAUUUGUAAGAAGGAAAUUUCUGAAUUUACAAAA